GAAAAGCUAGCAAUAAUGGAGGCGGCAGCUUUGGUACUGAAGAACGAGGAUAAUCUGAGAAUAUGUUGGAGAGAAGAAGAAGCUCAAACUCAGCCCAUAAGACGUGUUAAGCGACGUCGGAGAGACCCGGCUGCCGCCGCCGAUCAAACUAAUAAGCAGCAGUCUCCGAAACAACACUCCGAUCAAGCUCCCACCACCACUAUGAAGCGAAGUUCAAGAUUUCGUGGCGUUAGCAGACAUAGAUGGACGGGACGAUUUGAAGCUCAUUUAUGGGAUAAACUUUCUUGGAAUAUGACACAGAAGAAGAAGGGCAAACAAGUUUAUCUUGGAGCUUAUGAUGAAGAAGAAUCAGCUGCAAGAGCAUAUGAUUUAGCAGCACUUAAGUACUGGGGUGUAACAACCAUCACUAAUUUCCCUAUAUCAGAGUAUGAGAAAGAGAUCGAGAUAAUGCAAACAAUGACAAAGGAGGAGUAUUUAGCCUCUUUAAGAAGAAAGAGCAGUGGCUUCUCAAGAGGUGUAUCAAAGUAUAGAGGAGUUGCAAGGCACCAUCAUAAUGGUAGAUGGGAAGCAAGAAUUGGGAGAGUUUAUGGGAACAAAUAUCUCUAUCUUGGAACUUAUAGCACUCAAGAAGAAGCUGCUCGAGCUUAUGACAUGGCUGCCAUAGAAUACCGAGGGAUUAAUGCAGUCACCAACUUUGACUGGAGCAAUUACAUGGCCUGGCUGAAGCCUCCUCCGCCGCCAUCCACCGUCCCUAACGAAUCCCAUUUCCCGUCAGACCCUCAUAAGGAACUCUGCAACUCCAGCUCCAUCCCAGCUGAUGAAACUUCACUCUUCAAAAACCAUCACUACGACAUUGAUUCCUUUCAUUCCCUUCAAAAGCAAGAGCUUCUCGAGAGCUGCAACACCCCACUCAAUGCUUAUGCCAGAUCCUCUUCUGCAUCCGCACUUGACCUCCUUCUUCGAUCAUCAUUUUUCAAGAAACUGGUUGAGACCAACUCGAAUCUCUCCGUGGAUGAAGCUGAUAAUGGAGAUGAAGCGAAGACUCGAGUUCAGCUCGACAGUGUAUUUGACGAGUUUGAAGAUGUCUUCUGUGAUAGACUUACAGAUGUACCGUUGGUUUGCAGCUCCAACAAAGAGCUGCAAGAAAGUGAGCUUCAUUCAUACUUCAAUGGCACGUUUCAUCGUUUCAAAGCAGCCUGAACGUGUGCUUCAUGUCAUUGUUAAUAUCAUCGUAUCGAACAUGUUAAUAUUGGGAGUUAGAACUCAACUCGAUUGGCCGAACUGUUUUCUUUGUACUUUUGUGGACAUAAGUAAACCUUACUCAACAUU